CGUAAUAGGGUAGAGUGUAAUAGGGUAGAGAGAGAGUCAGUAUAAUAGGGUAGAGAGCGAAAGUGCCAGAUCAUCUGAUCCUAUAAAUAGAGAGCGAGAGCCUGAGGUCUUUUGGUUGUAGCGAGAGAGGGAGAGAGAGCAUUUUGCGUAGUGUAGAGAGGGAAAGAGAGGGCAAUGUCAAGCGUGGUAGUGCCUGAAUCGGUACCUUCACCAGCCGAUGACUGUGAGCAGCUCAGAGUAGCAUUUGCAGGAUGGGGAACAAAUGAGAAGUUGAUCAUUUCCAUAUUGGGCCACAGGACUGCUACCCAACGGCAAUUAAUUCGUAAAACUUAUUUCGAGCUCUACGGAGAGGAUCUCCUUAAAUCACUUGAUUCUGAAGUCUCAGGAGAUUUUGAGAGGGCACUGCUGCUAUGGACAUUGGAUCCUGCUGAAAGGGAUGCAUUAAUGGCAAAUCAAGCUUUGAGGAGGUGGAAUCCUGAAGAUCGUGUGCUUAUCGAAAUUGCUUGUGCAAGAUCUUCUGAGGAGCUCCUUUUGAUUAGACGUGCCUACCAUGCUCGGUUCAAGCGAUCUCUUGAAGAAGAUGUGGCCCAACACACAACUGGAGACUUUCGUAAGCUGUUGGUACCUCUUGUGAGCUCAUAUCGCUAUGAUGGACAAGAGGUAAACGGGCAUUUGGCAAAAUUGGAGGCUAAGACACUAAAAGAUGUGAUCAAAGACAAGGCUUUCAAUCAUGAAGAACUUGUCAGGAUCCUCUCAACAAGGAGCAAAGCACAGCUGAAUGCUACACUUAAUAACUACAAGGAUGGAUCUGGGAUGCAGAUCAAUAAGGACCUGAAGGGUGACGCUGAGGAUAAGUUCCAAUCUGCAGUAAGAGCUGUUGUCAAAUGCAUCACAAAGCCUCAGAGCUAUUUUGAGAAGACACUUCGUCUGGCGAUCGUCAAAUUAGGCACAGAUGAGGUAGCCCUCACAAGAGUGGUUGUGACUCGUGCCGACGUGGACAUGAAAGACAUCAAAGCGGAAUACCACAAGAGGAAUAGCACCCCUCUCGAUCGUGCCAUUGCCAGUGACACUUCAGGAGAUUAUAAGAACUUGCUUCUCACCCUAAUUGGCCAUGGAGAUAUUUGAGAUCAUUUCAAUAAAUAUAUAUGUAUACUUUCCAUUGAAAGAGGCCUUUGUUUGGACAAUGUGGUAUUGAGUGUUCAGUUACUAUAUGAUAAUUAUAGCUGAAGUGUCUUUGAGUGUUUGUGAUGCUUUUGCAGUUGCUCUAUUGUAAUUUGUGUGUUUGCAGGUUUUGGUUCACAUGUUGUUAUGUUCAACCAGUGGUUAUCAGAGAUAUUUUACGGAUGUUAUAUAAUAAAUAGUGUUGGUGGUUGAAAAGAA